CCUGCCCCAAGCACACUUCCUCCCUCAGCUCCUCUGCUAGCUCUCUCACGCACAAGCACACACGCACCUGCAGGCUGCAGCUUCAGGUCGAUCGACGCGCGCCGACCUAUCGUGUCAGCAGCGAGCCAUCAUGGCCUUGGCACGCGGCGGCAGGGGGUUGCCAUCCCGGGCGGCGGCGGCGGCGGCGGCGGUGCUGGUGGUGGCGGCGCUGGCGGGCGUGGCGAGCGGGGACUUCGCGGCGGACAGGGCGGAGUGCGCGAACCAGUUGAUGGGCCUGGCGACGUGCCUGACGUUCGUGCAGGAGAAGGCGACGGCGCGGGCGCCGACGCCCGACUGCUGCGCGGGGCUCAAGCAGGUGGUGGCCGCCAGCAAGAAGUGCAUGUGCGUGCUGGUCAAGGACCGCGACGAGCCGGCGCUGGGCUUCAAGAUCAACGUCACCCGCGCCAUGGACCUGCCCCCCCUCUGCAACUACCCCGCGACCUUCUCCGACUGCCCCAAGAUUCUGGGGAUGUCGCCGGACGCCCCCGAGGCGGAGAUCUUCAAGGAGUACGCGAGGAAGCACGAGUCCCACAACGGCACCGCCACCAAACCCGCCGCUGCAACCGGUACUUUAAUUAAAGCUACAGUUUCCAUGGCACUUUUUGAACCACAUGCAUCGCUGGUACAAAAAAACCACAUGAGAAUUAAGAGCACAUGGCACUGGCCACACCGGAUCGCGUUCUUCAGUUGGUACGACCUGCACCAUCGUCCACUUGCAUCUUGCUGCCUGCAGAGGCAUGGCCAUUGACCCAUCGUGUCCUGGCCUUGCCCUUUGAUCCGUGGUCCUGACCCAGCGACCCCUGUCCGGGAGCUUCCUCCGCUUGUCUGUUCCCGUGCACAGUAGUACGCUAUCCCCGACGGGCCGACCCAGGGUGUGCUGGGAACGCCGGCCGAGUCGAGAACGAAAGCAACAGGGAGCGCCGCAACCGAUCGAUCGCGAGAGCAUUCAAGCCUGAAGUGACACGAGAGUUGAAUGCCACCCGUGGUGGUCCGACCCAACCGCACCGGACGCGUGCACGCACGGUUGGGAACAUACACGUACGUGUGACCAGCCAACGGUCGUGCGGAUGUACCGGCAUGUCCGAUCCAAUCCGUCCUCAAGACGAAAUGAGCUGCGUGUGAGAAGCUACGACAGCCAAAACAGGAGCGUACGUGUGCUGUACUGAUCUACUGGAACUCAUGUAUUGUACUUGUAACUUGUUGC